AUGGCUUCACGAUAUUCUGCGGUACACGAACGCCCCGAGGGCCCUGGAGAUGCCCGUCCGACGGCGCUGCAGAUUGUCAAGGACGAAGGCGUUGAAAAUGCGUUUGCCGGAAAGGUUAUCCUCAUCACAGGUUGCUCAUCGGGCUUGGGUAUCCCCACCGUCCGAGCGCUCUACAAGACGGGUGCCACUCUCUAUCUGACUGCACGGGAUAUCAACAAAGUCAAGGAAGCCUUGAGUGACAUCAUUGACAGUCCCCGUGUCCAUAUCCUGCAUCUGGACCUCACCUCCCUUGCAUCUGUUCAGGACUGUGUUGAGGAGUUUACAUCGAAAAGCCCGACAUUGAACGUCCUGAUCGAAAAUGCCGGUGUGAUGGCAUGCCCGGAGGGCCGAACAGUGGAUGGAUUUGAAACACAGUUCGGAAGUAACUACCUUGCACACUUCCUACUCUUUUACAAGCUGAGGCAUCUCUUGCUGGCUUCUUCCACGCCUGACUUCGCCUCUCGCGUCGUUAUUGUUGCCUCAAGCGCCCACCGAAUCUCUCCUGUCCACUUCGACAAUAUUAGUCUCAGUGGGGAGUAUGAGCCGUGGAAGGCCUACGGCCAGAGCAAGACCGCGUUAGUGUGGGCCGCCAACGAGAUUGAGAGGCGCUACGGGUCCCAGGGGCUGCAUGCCUUCAGCCUGCACCCCGGCGGGAUUCAAACAGAACUGCUCCGUCAUGUCACAGAUGAACAGAAGGCUGACUGGGCUGACAAUGAUGUCUUGUCGAGGUAUUGGAAGAGCCCCGAGCAAGGAGCAGCUACGACUGUGUGGGCAUCCGUGGCAAGAGAACUAGAAGGUCAGGGAGGCAAGUAUCUAGACAAUUGUCAGAUUGCUGAGCCGCACGAUCCAAGUAAAGGAAAUUUUGCACCCGGCUAUGCUCCAUGGGCGUAUGACCAGAACAGUGAGACAAGGCUGUGGUCUAAGACGCUGGAAAUGCUGCGCCUAGACGCUGAAUGA